UGACACUAUACGGAUUUGGCGGAAGGUUCGGCGAAUUAUUUCUGUCGACACGACGACAAGAAACCAGAAAAAAUCGGUGGUAGGCUGUCGGCGGCAGGCUUAUACCCUUCGGAUACUCCGUCAUACUUGUCCUUUUGUGGUUCCCUGGCUGUGUCGAUCUUUAGCUGAGACCAUAACGUUAUGUGUGGCAGUGUUAUUCGUUUGCGCAUCACUCGACAUCAAUAAUUUAUCUUUCACUUUUGUGUAUAUAGUCGCCCACCAUUGCAUCGUUAGAAGCAGGCUAUUUCUCCAUCCCCGGCAUUUCUGCCUGCAAUUAUUCCUCUCCAACUCAGCGACCCUUGUCUGGGUUAAUUCAAUCUCCGAUUCUUCCGCCGUUUGGCCUACGAGCAGUCAAUAUGUCUUCCCAAGAUGCGAUCCCGGAGACUCCUCGAGUCAUAUCUCCUUCGCCUGCACCUUCAGAAAGCAGGUCGCGAUCCAGGGACGGAUACUCUGCCCCCACAACUCGCUCUGCAGCGCGACGACAGCGACUAGUAGAUGUAUCGGAGGAAAGCAAUAAUGAGCGGGGGUCGGGAUCAAGGCGCUCGCGGACUCGUUCUGGGAGUCCGACUGGUCCUGCGGGAUCAACUAGACAAAGGAAGCGGAAAUCCAACCCGAUGCAGCCUGCAACAAGCCCCGAGAAACAAACAAACGGCGGAGCAAAGCCCAACGGAUUCUUAUCGCCGUUUGGAAAGGCUGACGGUAUCGCGCCUAGCAUCUCCCGGUCCCCCUCCCCUAUGGGGCUUAUUCCUCUUCAUACACGCUAUCGCAAUUUUAUCCAUCGGCAUGAAAUACCGCGCAAGGCCCUCCACGUGUCAAUCGGCUUCUUUACUCUUCACCUGUACAGCCGUGGCAUCCAAACAACCCAAAUCACUCCCUGGUUGUUCGGGGCCCUAGUACCAAUAGCCGCAGUGGAUAUAGUUCGUCACCGCUCGGAGACAAUCAAUAAGCUUUACAUUCGCUGCGUCGGAGCGCUCAUGCGGGAGACUGAAGUAAAAGGGUACAAUGGCGUGAUCUGGUAUCUGCUCGGCGCAUAUGCGGUCUUGCGCUUUUUCCCCAAGGAUGUAGGAGUCAUGGGUGUACUGCUCCUCAGUUGGUGCGACACCGCAGCUUCUACCUUCGGUCGUCUCUACGGCCGGCACACAUUCCAGCUGCGCGCAGGCAAGAGCUUUGCUGGAACCGUGAGCGCGUGGCUCGUUGGAGUAGUCACUGCCGCUGCGUUCUGGGGCCUCUUCGUACCCAACGUCGGUCCUUUCCCCAACGACCCAGAGAACGCAUUCAUGUUCACCGGCCGUCUCAAUCUCGUACCAGACACAGUCAAGAACCUUAUCGGCUGGACAGCGGACACUGUUAUCUCAGGGCCCUUGGCCCUCGGCGUCAUGAGCGUUGUCUCUGGCUUGGUCGCAGCCGGCAGUGAGUUCGUGGACCUUUUCGGCUGGGAUGAUAAUUUCACCAUCCCCAUCCUGAGUGGAAUAGGCUUAUGGGGCUUUUUGAAGGUUUUUGGUUGAAUAUGUGAAGGAUACCAUCACCGGCGUUUGUUUUUGGCUUCCCUUUCUGUCUGCAUAUCGUACUUUAUCUUGUAUCGAUUAAGGGUCUAGAAUCGGAUGGGCAGCGAAAAGGUGUUACCUUUUUUUUUGUUUCAUACUGCGAAUUUCUUGUUUUUUGAACGAGUCCAUUUGUCUAUACUUAUCUCUCUUCCCUUGUCUGCUUUUCUUCUUCCACCUGUUUCUUUCCACUCUUGUUAUACCACUGGAAGCUAGCGCCAGCGCCUCUUAUUCUGCCAAACACCGACGAAGAUCCUCUGCUUUGCUUUAUAGAUAGAAGAGAACUACCUUUGACUAGAGAAUUCGAUGGCUCCGCAGCUUCUAGCAGCACUGCGGGUCUGGGUGUUAUGUUCCGAUUCUGGGUUCAUUUCUGUUUUGUUUAUCUUGGUAUGAUUGUGUAUCCAUGUAUGUACUUAAUCUGGCUAGAUAUCAGAAGGAUGAGGUAGUGCUUAAU